GUUUGUUGUAAAAAUGUUUUAAUAUAAAAAAUAAAUGAGCCAAUAAGAAAUUGAAUAAAAAUCUCAGUCAACUGUACAAAUUAUUAUUUUUUUUUUUUAUAAUAGGAAAAAUUUUAGCCUUUUAAAAACUUUUUUUUAUAUUGAUGAUUUGAAAAUAAAUUUGUAAAACGAGUGGCGUCAUCUUUCCCAGGUUUCACAAGGAAAAUCUGGAAAUCUACAAUGGAAAUAAUGAAAAGCUAUUGAUUUUAUUUUUAAAAUUUUAUAAUAAUUUUUUUUUUUUUUUUUUUGAUAAUAAAUAUGGAUAGUUUGAUGAAUCUUCAGUUGGUUUAUCAACACAUAUAUGAAGAUUUAAAUAUUCGAAUUUAUGGUAAACCUGAUGAGACCUGGAAUGAUGUCACAAAGUAUUGCCUCAAUAAUUUACCAAUUUCUUUGUUCAAAAUUACUGAUUGGUAUUUAAUUGGAUACUUCAUCAUAGGAAUUAUCAUUAUAAUAUUUUGUGGAAUAAUUCGAAAAAUAAUUAGCAAAAAAUUUAUGAGAGUUCCUGAAGCCAUCGUUGAGUCUACAACUUUAAAUUGUGAGACAUUGAGAAAUCAGGAAGACAGUCAAAUAUCAUUGGACUUGACUCAAUUGGUUGGGAAACCUCUUGAAAUAUCAGAAAACAUUCACAAAACUUGGAUAACUACGAAUAAUCAAAAUUAUCAAAAAUUAUACGUUUUAACUGUUGAUGUUGAUGCAUAUAAAAAUCCAUCAGCAAAAGUAAGUGAAAUAUUCGAUGAUCCAAUUGACAGUAAAUCACAAAUAAUGUUUGAAGCACAAAAUUUAAUUGAAGAUAUAAUAAAUGAAUUAGAAUUGUCGUUUAAAAAUGAUAAGAUAACUGGUAAAUCAAUAUUUGAUUCAACAUCAUUAAAUCUUGAUUUUAAUAAUAAAUCAAUAAACUCACAUACUGAACAUCGUAAACUAGGAUCAAAAAUUCCAUUACGUGUUGUUUCACGUCAUCGAUUACAUUCAAAUAAAUUGGAUAUUCAAUAAAUCUUGAAAAUUUUAAUACAUUUAAUUACACGCCAAUUACCAAGACAAUAUUUUUAGUGUGCUUUUUUUAUACUACUACUUUUUUUUUUUUAUAUAUAAUAAAAACAAUUUUAAUUAUUUAUUUUUAUUUCUUAUUGUUGAAAAAUAAAAUAUCAUAUUUGUA